AUGAACAAAAAUAAUUCAAGACCCUGCCAAAAAUGUUUACAAUUUGGCCAUUUAUCAUUUGAAUGUAAAUCCAAACCAUUAUAUGUAUCAAGACCAACAAGAACGGCACUUUUAAAUGAUAAAAAGCUUUUAGAAAAAACAUUAAAUUCAUAUCAAAAAGGUUCAACAAAAGAUAAUGAUGAAAAGGAAAAGAAAUUAAAAGAUAAAAAAUUAAAGAAAAUACUAUCAAAGAAAAAGAAAAGAAGAAAAUCUUAUUCCUCUUCUGAUGAUGAUAGUGAUAGUAGUAGUGAUAGUAGUGAUAGUAGUGACAGUGAUAGUAGUGAUAGUAGCGACAGUGAUAGUAGUGAUAGUAGCAGUAGUGAUUCUGAUAGCAGUAGUGAGUCCGAUAGAGACUCAAAACACAGAAAAAGGUCAUCAAAAAGAAGAAAAAAUAAGAGUGACAAAAGUAGUAGUAAAGAUGAAGAUAAUGAAAAAUCAAAUAAAUAUAAAGUAAAUAAAAGAGAAAAUAGUAGAAGUCGAAGUAGAAGUAGUGAAAAAAAGUCUAUUGAUAGAGGUCGUUCAAGAAGUAUAAAUUAUAAUAAAAGUAGAAGUAGAAGUAGUAGUAGAAGUAGAUAA